UGCUUGCCCUACGAUCUGAGCAGCUGGUCACAUGAGUCUGAAUUUUCAGUUCAGUUCAUUAGUCAGCCAUUUUGGUCAACACCCUGCUUGCUGCGCACAACCAAUCCUAUUAGCACUCUGUGUCCAGGCUUCUCUGGGGGAGAAAGAGACUAGUAGUGAUUCUAGCAAUUCCGGAUAUCUUUUCCUAUAGACUUAUAUUAUUUUGGUUUUUCUCUUCUUAGUUUUGGUAACUAGCCAAGGAAGCUUUUUCUUUUAUGCAGUGACCAGGUUUUCUGUGGUUGCUUAGGAUUAAUAGCAUCUAGCACAGCUGAAGAGAAAGAUAGUUGGGGAAGAGAAAAGAGGAGACUGAAGAGGAGCAUCACUUAUACUUUGCUGUAUAUAUGAAAAAGCUACUGCAGUUUGUGUGAUUUGAGCAUAUUUGUUCUUACACAGCAAGGUGGUAUUUCUUAUCUUCCUCAGAAGGCUUUUCCUUUUAGUUCUUUUUUGUUGUGCCAGCUGAGUCAUCAUGUCUGCCUUGACGCCUCAAAGCGAUAUGCCAACCCCCACUACAGACAAGAUCACACAGGCUGCCAUGGAGACCAUCUAUCUUUGCAAAUUCCGAGUAUCUAUGGAUGGAGAAUGGCUCUGCCUGCGCGAGCUGGAUGACAUCUCACUUACCCCCGACCCAGAACCUACCCAUGAAGACUCUUGGGAGGAUUUGACAGAUUUGGUGGAGCAAUUGCGUGAUGAUACUGAAGAUCCUAAUUAUCUCAUGGCUAAUGAACGCAUGAACCUGAUGAAUAUGGCUAAACUGAGUAUAAAGGGGUUGAUUGAAUCAGCACUUAAUCUGGGCAGAACACUGGACUCUGACUAUGCACCUCUUCAGCAGUUCUUUGUAGUGAUGGAACACUGCCUUAAACAUGGCUUGAAAGCCAAGAAGACUUUUCUUGGACAAAAUAAGUCAUUUUGGGGACCUCUGGAGCUGGUAGAGAAGCUUGUUCCUGAAGCUGGAGAGAUCACAGCAAGUGUUAAAGAUCUGCCGGGGCUUAAGACGCCUGCAGGUAGAGGAAGAGCCUGGCUUCGCCUGGCCUUAAUGCAGAAGAAGCUUUCAGAAUACAUGAAAGCUUUGAUUAACAGAAAGGAUCUUCUCAGUGAAUUUUAUGAGCCUAAUGCUCUCAUAAUGGAAGAAGAAGGUCACAUAAUUGCUGGCCUCCUAGUAGGGUUGAAUGUCAUUGAUGCAAACUUCUGUAUGAAAGGAGAAGACUUGGAUUCACAGGUUGGAGUUAUUGAUUUUUCAAUGUACUUGAAGGAUGGGAACAGCAGUAAGGGCAAUGAAGGAGAUGGUCAAAUAACUGCUAUUCUGGACCAGAAAAAUUAUGUAGAAGAACUCAAUAGACACUUAAGUGCCACUGUAAACAAUCUGCAGGCAAAGGUGGAUGCUUUAGAAAAAUCCAACACUAAACUUACUGAGGAGCUUGCAGUUGCAAACAACAGGAUUAUAACUCUGCAAGAAGAGAUGGAACGAGUUAAAGAAGAAAGUUCUUACCUCUUGGAAAGUAAUCGUAAGGUGACUAAGCAAGACAGAACUGCAGAUGGAUUUGCACUGAAUGAAGCACGAAAACAGUUAAAGGAGGAGACUCAGCUACGGCUGGAUGUGGAAAAAGAACUAGAGGUGCAGAUUGGAAUGAGACAGGAGAUGGAGCUGGCCAUGAAGAUGCUGGAAAAAGAUGUUUGUGAGAAGCAGGAUGCACUAGUGGCACUCAGGCAGCAACUAGAUGAUCUCAGGGCACUAAAGCAUGAACUCUCCUUCAAGCUGCAGAGUUCAGACCUGGGAGUGAAACAGAAGAGUGAAUUAAACAGCCGUUUGGAGGAGAAGACAAAUCAGAUGGCUGCUACUAUUAAACAGCUUGAACAAAGAUUGCGACAGGCAGAGAGAGAACGUCAGUCUGCCAAGGAGGACAACCGGCUCUUCAAGCUGGAAUUUGGUGACAAGAUCAACAGUCUUCAGAUGGAAGUGGAACAGCUCACCAAACAGCGGGGCCAACUUGAACAAGAACUGAAACGGGAAAGAGACCGAUGGUCACCAAUCCACCAGGGCAUCCAAGAAAACAAAAUCACAGUAGCCCAAGGCAAGGGCUGCCAGAAGAUGCAAUUAAAAAUGGAUGGGAAGCAGAAAAUCCAGGAAGAAAAUGCCAGACUGGGAGAGCCUGGAAGAGGGGAAAAUGCUGUUCUUCCAAACAAGAUACAGUCUGUCAUACAAGAAGAGCAGGAGCUGCCAUCUGGACCUGGAAAAUCACAGCUAUGCCAGCUGUGCCAAGAGGAAGGCAGUCUCACCAAAACAAAGAACAUUUGCAAGAACUGUGACGGAAUCUUCUGCAAGGCCUGUUCAGCUAAUGAACUGCCCCUUCCAUCCAGCAUUAAUCCAGAGUGUGUUUGCAACACAUGUCACAAACAGCUGAUACAGCAAUAUUCAACAAGCCCAUUGUAGGACUCCGCAUGGGGGACAGUGAUGGCCAAUCAAGGUUUUUGGCCCAGCUACAAAAUCUUGUACUUUAGGCUUGGCUCUGAAGCUGUUCAGGCGAGUUUCUAGAGAAGAAUCUCUCUUCCCUCUGCUCUUGCAAGGUCAAAGAGAGGAAGUACAUUCUUGUGUUCACAUUCUCUCUCAACUGUCUAUUUAAAAUGCUGGUCUGAGCCCUCCUUUAGGAAAACACCCCCCCUUUCAGGCAUGAGCUGCUGUGUGAAGAACUUGUCAGAGUAGCCUUAAUACAUGUACCAUGGCAACUGCAAGAAGAGGUAAAAACACACGUACAAAGGUUUACUUAAGUGUUUUGUUUGAAGGCAAAAUGGAAGAAAACGGAUGAUAAUUGAAACAAAGAACAGAGUUAUUGUUCACCAGCAUGUGUAGCUCUGCUUGAAAUAACACUUUCCCUUUUCCAUUCUGUCCUUGGCAGUUCUACUGAACGGUGAUGCUCCAGUUCAAAGAGAGAAAUCCCACAAAAGAACUGGGAAUUAAACAUGUGUGUGGCACAUUGUUACUCAAUUCAGUCCCCUCUUGGGCCCCAGUCUGGUUGUGUGGCAUAACAUCAACAGUUGAGGGGAAAGAUUUAAAAGAUUUUGGGGUUAUUUUUUUGAGGCGUGAGAGAGAGAGGAGAACUGAAUAGCAGCCAUUUCGCUCAGCACAGUACGCUUGAAAGUUCUCAUAGCACAAUCCUCAAACAUUAUUUAAAUACAGGUUUGUUUUUUGGUAAAAACAGGUACCUCUGAACUUUUAUAGUGGAGGUUCUCGUUGUGACUUAUGAUAGCUGUGAAUUUUAGACUCUAAAUCUGUUUUAUCUUGACCUGAUGAUUAGAGGAUGGAUUUAGAUUCCAGAAUAUUUAAAGGGAGGGGAAAAAAACUGGUCUUUCUUUAAACAGACCAUUUAGGGGCAUGUUUGUACAUUCUGUCCAACAUACUGCUCCUACUAAUUUUGUGCACAUUAAUCAGCUGUUCAAGCAGCAAAUGUGGUGGUCUUUAUUUAAAUAUAGUCAUAAGACUGAUCAAUUUUUAGCCACAAGAAACAGUGGCUGUUAGCAGGAGGCUCAAAUGUGCUAAUCUGAAAUUCACUUUCAGAUAGGUUUUAUGGUUCAUACAAAGAUAAUCUGACAUAAGAUGUCAUAUUUAAGGCUUCUGUACUCCACCAAAAGGCGCCACUUGUACUUCUCUUAGGGCUCCAGCCUCCCCCUGUGCCAAAACAGCAAAAUUACAAAUGCUGGUAUGCAUCCCUCCCCAAAGAGAGGGGUUUAGUUUAUUUGGCCUAUUUUGUAUUAGAAACUGAACUAAACCAUUAAGACCACAGAAUGUAUUAUAAUCUUUAGAAAACUGAUUUAUGUAUAUUUGUGUAUUCAGGGGUGUUGCAUUAAUUUUACUACAAAUCUAUAUUUAGGGAAACCUAGUUUUUCUCCAAAGGUGAUUAUAUGCAAAUUAAAUCUGUUAGAACUACACUGAAUGCAUGUAGUUCUAUCUUCCUGCAAUUGUCUAUAACUUAACUUUUCAGGAGGAAUUAAAAAAUGAAGUAGCUUUGUGUUUGGAAUCUAAGUGGAAAUAUAGGGUGCUUUCAUACAUUCACUUUCUAGUUUCCAGGAAGAGAUGUUUGUUUUUUUUAAUUAGGGUCACCAGUGCAAAGUCAGGGACAGCACUUUGAAUGACUGGAAAAGAUACUUUACUAAUGACUCUUUUGCCUGAAGGUGAGGUUGAUUGCUUUUGCAGGGAGGAUAAAUAUUCAAUAUGCAUAUACUGUACAAAUCUACACAAUUUUAAAUAGGCUAGUUGAGUUGGUUUUGUUUUUCUGCUAGUCUGAUGGAGUAGAAACUGAAAUUUAAGCAAUUCUGAUAGCAUUUGGAUAUCAAACUGGAAACAGUACUUAAUUUUAAUGUGUAAAUGCUGACAUGUCCACAUUACCUUGUGAGUGUGAUCAGAAGUUCUGAGAUGGUAGCUGAUUCCUUGGUUGCCUUUGUACCUUUAGAUAGUCACAAAAAGGAAGAUGGCUGCUACUACCUUUAGAUAUUAAUACUGCAACUCUAAAGUCUCCAUUUUAAAAAGCACGAUAGUCAUUUACAUAAAGAAGUUAUCCAAGUUACAUAAAACCCACUGUGCUCAACUUAACAAGUUUACUUCAGCCAUGAUGAGUUAGUAACAUAUCUGUGUACAGCUUAGAUUGAGGAAGAGAGCUAAAAUUAAAUGUCAGAAUUACAAGGUGAGCUCCAAGAUGGCUCCUACCUAUGUCCUUUGAUGUCAUCUUAGAGACUUGUAAAUGCAGUGUUGGAUACCACUUGCUAAGGGAAAUUCUUCAAGCAUGUUUGUAGGUGUAGCUCUGAAAACUGAGGGGGAGAGGGAAGGUAUUUUCUGGCACUGUUCCAUGCAAAAUAAAACUAUUUGAGAAAGUA